AUGGCUUGUUUGCCCAUAAUCUCAGCCUUUGUAUUGAUCCUUGCUCUCUAUAGUUCAGUUGCGGCAGCAGCAACUCUCAUGGAUCGUUCCUUGUGGUUUGGUUCAUCAUCCAUCGGACAAAGGAUCAUUUCACAUCAAAUGGUAAAUCUUACCAAUGCGAACCAAUUCAAAAUGGACACGCAGAUUUUCAAAAAUUCAAGCUUUCCUUCCUAUUCGUUCAUAAUGGGUGAUUUUCAACUCUUUGACGUUCAAGAAAACAGUGAAACUUGUCAACCAAAAAACGUAACAUUUGUCAAGCUCAAUUCAUAUGGAAAUUCAAUCACUAUUGCCAGUUCUGUUCAUCGAAACGAUAUAAUGUUCAUUCACGAUUGUUUGCAAACAAAUAAGGAAGAUUAUCACUUUUGUCAAACAACCUUGCAAGAUACAAAAGGCAUGGUUUGUUUGAAAAUUGACGAUGACAUGAAAACAGAUGGAGAAUUUAAAAUGGCCAUCAAUUUGAACCUAUUCUCGUGUGUAGAUCCAAGUUUUGAGUUGAAACCAACGUGUAAUUUGACAUCUUUAGAUAUUAUUAUGGUCUACAGUUAUCCAGGAGAUGGAGCUCGUCUACUGAGAAAUGUUGCAGUCGCUGUUUUGGUGAUAUUGAUCCUUGGUUGUGUUUCAUGUCUUUUAGCAUGUGGAUGGGUGGCUUAUUGUUGCAUGAUUAAAAGAAGAAAGCAAAAACUACUCCAAGGCACCAAUACCAGACAUGGAGAUAUUCAGUUAAUCGACGAGGAAUAA